AGGGUGUGGGUAUACUCACACAUCCUCACAAGUGGGAAGACCUCUUGGUGACAGAGAAUGUUAAUUUUGAGUAACAUUCAAGCCAAAUUUAGUGGGCUUUUCCAUGAAUGUUAUUGAACCACACUGUGCAGCUGCAUCUCAUUGUGGCUCCUUCAUCAUGGAAGAAAAUAUGCAGUUGAUCUGCACGGUUGGAUUUUAACAUUUUAAUGAUAGCCCAUCCAAAAGUCAAACAGCAACACAGACUGCUGAGAAAAACAAUCAGGAACAGUACACAGCUGAUGAACCUGGGAGUUUAGAAGGACCAGUGACACACAGGAGGUCACUGCAGACCUCACACAUCCUGUCAUUCAUCUGUUAUGGAUGGGAGAGGUGUUCCUGGGCUGGACACUGCCCAUCCUGGCAGUCAGCUCUGCCCAGUGCUGCUGCAGCUUUUCCCCAGCCCUCUGGAGAAUGUGUCACACUGAUCUGUGUGGCUCACACUGCAUAUCUGUUUGACAAUGCUGGGCUGCAUUGCAGUAGGAUUGUUUAGUGCCACUUAAAUGUUUUCAACAUGACAAUCCGCACUGACUUGAGUGAUCACUGGGUAUUUUUCACUGGAGCCAUAGGUAGGUGUUUCAGGAGCUUAGGACCAUCCUGUUGUCCUUCCCCUCUUCUCUCCCAGCCAUAUAGGAAGUGAUCCUGUGAGAUGAGAAGAGGAGGGGACCCGCUGUUAGCCUUGCCAGGGCCUUGGCCCUGCAGCUGUGGUGGAAUCCUCCUUGUGCCACCAGUAGGGCCAGGAGCAGGCUGACCUCAGCAGCGGGAGCACGUCAGUCAGGUUCACCUUGCUCUUAAUCCAUGUGAAGAUCCAUUGGAAACACCUUCUAGAAACCCAAGAGUUUUCAGUCUCCUGCUAAAUUCUGCAGUGUCCAAGAACAGCCUGCCCAAAUGAGCAAGACACCCCAACAGAACCCCGGCACAGAUGCGAGCGGAGUAAGUGUGAUCCACACUCAAGCACACUCCAGUGGUCUGCAGCAGGUUCCCCAGCUGGUGCCAGUCAGUCCUGGGGGUGGAGGCAAAGCUGUGCCCCCGAGCAAGCAGGGAAAGAAAAGUUCCUUUGUGGACAGAAACAGCGAUGAGUACCGGCAGCGCAGAGAGCGGAACAACAUGGCGGUGAAAAAGAGCCGCUUAAAAAGCAAGCAGAAAGCACAGGACACGCUGCAGAGGGUCAACCAGCUCAAAGAAGAAAAUGAACGUUUAGAGGCAAAAAUUAAACUCCUGACCAAGGAGCUGAGCGUACUGAAAGACUUGUUCCUUGAGCAUGCCCACAAUUUUGCAGAUAACGUGCAGCCUGUUGGCACUGAGAGCGCCACAACAAACCCAGAAAACAGUGGGCAGUAGAAACCUGCGACCUCGUCAAACAAACUCUUGAGCUGCAGCUUGUCUGCAGUGCCCGUGCAGUAACCCAGCAAAAACUGUACCUUUAGCCAUUGUUUUGUGGAUUUUCUUCUUUUAGAUUUAACACUGAAGAUUUGUAACAAUUAAACCAGAAACUGGUUAACUGUUUGUUUUAAAUAUUUUUCUCCUCAAAGACUUAAUCAGAUCUGAACUCCUAGCUAACUAGGAAUGUAAUAUUUAGGAGAUAACAUUUUCACAGGAAUAUUCACUUACCAUUUUAGACUUUGCAUAAUGGGAGGAAUCCAGCAGGAUGGCUCACUGUAGUAUCAGAAACUUGUGACUGAAUAGAAUGUUUUUAAAAUACCUGUUAGAGUGUUUUAGCCCUUUGAUUUCUCCAUUACAUAUUACAAACUGCAAAGGCUGUGGAGAAUUUUUGCUUUUUACUUUAAAUCUGUAGAAUUUAAGUCCUAUGAAGCACCAUGUAGGUCCCUCCUGCCCAGUUAUAGUUAAUGGGGAGGUUGUAGUAAUAGUGAGCUGGGAUGCUUACCAAUGUUCACCAGAAAAAUAACAAUAUGCUCUGACGAUAUGUACAGGCACUUGGCCUCCAAAUGGCACAUGAAACAUCAUGUACAAGAGGCAAAGCAGCACACUGACAAUAAAAGCCUUUUAUUGAAGCUUGUAUUUCAUAUUGCUCACAUAGUGACUGGGGCCUUAUGAGAACAAGAGCUUUUUUUCCAGAAAAUUUCAAAGUGCUACCAAAAACCUGUGCCCUGCAAAAUGGCAUUCCUGCUGGGAAGGAGGUACUGGGGAGAACAAGAAGUGCAGCUUGGCUUAGCAGUGGAAGGGGCAGGACAGCAGAUGUUGAACUGGGAUGCAUGGAUCACUGCUGGCUGACAUUACAGGAAUUUACAGUGAUUUUAAAAAUAAAUGGCCCUAGUAACUGAUUCAGUGGAAUUUCUACAGCCAUCAUAGGUCUGUGUGAAGGAGUAUCUGUAGCCUUGUUUUAUUUCCAUAGAAGUUUUCCUGUAGCAACUUUUUUAUGGCUACUGCUUAGUCUUUGCCAUGAUCCAUACUGCAGUGCUAUGUGCUAUACUGAGGAUUUAAACAAAGUAAAGCAGGAACUUUGAUGUAACUUUAAUUUAUUUUAAUUUUUAAAUAUUUCAUUGAUGGUAUGGUUAUUUUACAUUUAACCUGUGUGUCUGUCUUGUAGAUUACUACACUGUCUUAAUUUCCCUCUUACACUACCUUUGUCCAUAGAUUAUUCUGGAGGAUGCUUGUUUGCUCUGUAUCUGCACUUAGGAAAAAACUUGGAUGUUAUCUCUAUGAAGAUACUGUUAGAGAAUGAAACCUUGAGAAGUUCUUUUUUGAAUUUAAACUUUUAAUACAUGUGGAAAACUUUGAUGGAUUGUUUUGGAUUAUGUUAGACUUUUUACAGAUACGUUUUUUCAUUCUAACUGCACCUGAAGUUGGUAGGGUUGAAAUACCAGGAGCUAAUAAAAAUGUUUUGCUUGUA